ACUCCAUGAAAGAUGACAGAAGAAGUUAUUGUUAUAGCAAAGUGGGAUUACACUGCACAACAGGACCAAGAACUUGACAUCAAGAAGAAUGAGCGUCUUUGGCUGCUGGAUGAUUCCAAAACAUGGUGGAGGGUAAGAAAUGCAGCCAACAAAACAGGAUAUGUGCCAUCAAAUUACGUGGAACGAAAGAACAGCUUGAAGAAAGGCUCCCUAGUUAAAAAUCUAAAAGACACAUUGGGUUUGGGUAAAACAAAAAGGAAGACAAGUGCACGAGAUGCCUCACCUACUCCUAGUACAGAUGCAGAAUAUCCAUCCAACGGUAGCAGUGCAGAUCGGAUUUAUGACCUUAACAUCCCAGCCUACGUUAAAUUUGCCUAUGUGGCAGAGAGGGAGGAUGAACUAUCCCUUGUUAAAGGAUCCCGAGUCAUUGUUAUGGAAAAGUGCAGUGAUGGCUGGUGGAGAGGUAGCUACAAUGGACAGAUUGGCUGGUUCCCUUCGAACUAUGUGGUGGAGGAAGUUGAGGAAGCAACUGCAGAUUCCCCAAGUUUUCUAAGUUUAAGGAAAGGUGCAUCCAUGAGUAAUGGCCAGAGCUCAAAACUACUUCACGUUGUUCAGACACUGUAUCCAUUCAGCUCCGUCACAGAAGAAGAGCUCAAUUUUGAAAAGGGGGAAACAAUGGAAGUCAUUGAAAAACCAGAAAAUGACCCAGAAUGGUGGAAAUGUAAAAAUUCCCGAGGGCAAAUUGGUCUUGUUCCUAAAAACUAUGUAGUAAUCUUAAGUGAUGGUCCUGCCAUUAACACUUCCCAUCCACCUCCAAUAAGCUAUACAGGGCCAUCUUCUACAGGACGGUUUGCUGGAAGAGAGUGGUAUUAUGGGAAUGUUACCCGGCAUCAAGCAGAAUGUGCCCUAAAUGAGAGGGGAGUGGAAGGGGACUUCCUUGUUAGAGAUAGUGAAUCUUCGCCCAGUGACUUCUCAGUAUCUCUAAAGGCAUCAGGGAAAAACAAACAUUUCAAAGUGCAGCUCGUGGACAAUGUCUAUUGUAUUGGCCAGCGUCGAUUUCAUUCAAUGGAUGAAUUGGUGGAACACUACAAAAAAGCUCCCAUCUUCACCAGUGAACACGGGGAAAAGUUAUAUCUUGUGAAAGCACUUCAGUGACGUUGAAGACAGACUAUGCCACCUAGGCCUCGUAUAACUUUCAAGCCUUAGGUCCUAAUUCACUUUUAUAGAGCAGAGCAAUCUACUCCCUGAAGCAGGCUUAAAGAAUGGGCCCUUUCCAAAGUGUUUGCUCUGUUGGUGGUUGUUGUCCUUUUUCGGUUUGGUUUGGUUUUGUUUGCCUAUUUUAUCUUUUUGGUUCUGUUAAUCUCAGAUGACUUCCCCUCAGGUUGAAAAUUUCACUUAAAUGGGGUUGUAAGCACUCACUUUCAUGCCUGAGUUCUAAACUCCCCUCUUCUGUGUACGUUUACAUAGUUAGUUCCAAUAAACAAGGGGUGUUUUCAA